AUGCGUGCCUCUUUCUACGCUCUCGCUGGCAGCGCUGCCUCGGCCAUGGCCGCAAGCCGUGGUUUCAACUACGGAUCUCAGGGCAACACCCUUGACACUUUCACCACCCAGUUCGAGUCUGCCCAGGCCAUCACCGACUACGCCUCUGCUCGUCUCUACACCAUGAUCCAGGACGGCACUGCCAACACUGUCAUCUCUGCCAUUCCCGCUGCCAUCAAGACCAACACCACUCUUCUUCUUGGUCUCUGGGCUUCCGAGAACCAGGAGGCUUUCAACAACGAGCUUUCCGCUCUCAAGACUGCCAUCAGCCAGUUCGGCUCCCAGGGUCUUGCCGACUUGACCGUCGGUAUCUCUGUCGGUUCCGAGGACCUUUACCGCAUCUCCGAGACCGGUAUCAAGCAAAAGAGUGGUUACGGUCAGACCGCCGAUGUUCUCGUCGACUACAUUGGCCAGGUCCGUGAGCUCGUCAAGGACACCGUCCUCGCCGAUGUUCCCAUCGGUCACGUUGACACCUGGAACGCCUUCACCAACACCUCCAACUCUGCCAUCCUCGGCGCUGUUGACUUCCUUGGUCUUGACGAGUACCCCUUCUACCAGGACGGUGAGGGCAACUCGAUCGACAACGCCUCCGAUCUCUUCUGGAAGGCAUACGACAAGGUUGAGGCUGUUGCUGGCGGUAAGCCCCUCUGGGUCACCGAGACUGGAUGGCCCGUCAAGGGUGAGGCCGAGGACGAGGCCGUUCCCAGCGUUGAGAACGCGGCCAAGUUCUGGCAGGACAUUGCUUGCGAGCUCGAGGCCCGCUGCAUCAACUUCUGGUGGUACAUCCUGAACGACGACGGCGCUUCGCCCUCGUUCUCGGUUGCCAGCGGUAUCGACGGUGCCAACACCAAGGCUCUCUACGACCUCAAGUGCCCCAACGCCUCUACCUGCGGCGCCAAGUCCCUUUCAUCCUCUUCCUCUGCUUCUUCUUCCGCUGCUGGCUCCAAGACCGCUUCGUCUGGUUCCGCUUCCUCGACCGGCUCAGCUGCUCAGGGCGCCAAGAUCAACGCCGCCAACGGAACCGCCUCUGUCGAGCCCGUCGUCUACGUUACCGAAGUCACCACCUCAUACACCACAACCUGCCCUGCAGGCCAGACAAGUAAUUCUACCCUUACCAUCUGA